CGCUAACGUGUUAAACAUGUAUUUAUUUUAUUAAUAUAAGAAUGCAGAGAUUAAAAUCUUAUUAAUAACAUAUACAGGUGAUUCAGACCAUCCGUACAGCCCUUUUAUUUCGAAAAUAGAACAUUUUAGAGAAAAAUGUUUCAGACAAAAGUUGUAUGGCUUCGAGGGGGACAUAAGAUGGUAUCAUUGGUUUGACCUUGAAGAGUUCUAAUAUAUCUAAUAGCUAUGUCUUAUUCAAAUGAAGAAGCAUAUGAUAUGCUGCUACUUUUGGGGGAGUGUCGAGGUGUAUUCGCUGCAGCAGCAAACUUGUGGCAAGAGCGUUUUCCUAAUCGUACUCCUUACUCGCGCAACGUUUUUUUACGAUUGGAUAACCGAAUCAGAACCGAAGGAGUCGUGCAGUCUCAUCAUAAUAAAGGUCGACAGAUUAGGCGUGCUGUUAGGGAUGAAAGAGAAGCUGACAUUCUUGCAUCGGCAGAAUUGAACCCUCAUGAUUCGUUGAGGCGCCGAGAAAUAGAUUCUGGCGUCAGUUAUAGUAGUAUCCAACAAAUAUUCAGUCAGCACAAGAUUCACCCUUACCGAAUGUCUCUUCAUCAAGCUUUAAAUGAUGCUGAUUUCCAAAGUCGGCUUACAUUUUGUAAUUGGAUAAGAGAACAACCACGUACUUUCCACCAAAAUAUUUUAUUUUCUGACGAAUCGACAUUCAAAAACGAUGGUAAUGUCAAUACGUGGAACUGUCGUUAUUGGUCGCACGAUAAUCCUCACUGGUUGAGAGAAAUUGAUCACCAGCAUAUUUGGAAAGUAAAUGUUCGGUGCGGCAUUAUUGGAAAUCAAGUCGUAGGUCCUGCUUUCUUUGAUGAAAAUUUAAACGGUGCCAGAUAUGCAGCUUUGAUAGAGACACAACUUCCUGUGUUACUAGAAAAUCUACCUCUGCAAUUGCGCCAGGAUAUGUGGUUCCAACAAGAUGGAUGCCCGUCACAUACAUCCAGAGUUGUUCGUGCAGUGAUAAAUAAUAUGUUUCCCAAUAAGUGGAUAGGCAAAUAUGGUCCAAUCGAUUUUCCACCUCGAUCACCGGACCUCACUGUCCAGGAUUAUUAUUUAUGGGGAAGGAUAAAAGACAUAGUAUACUGUGAUCGCCCAACUACAAGGAAUGACAUGAUUAACAGAAUAACAGAAGCAAUUCAAUCUUUAAGUAGCGUUGAAAUUCUUCGAGCAACCAAUUCUUUUCAAAACAGAGUAGACGUUUGCAUUGAAAAGAAUGGUGUUCACUUUGAACACUACCUUACUUGAAUACAGACACACACACACACACACACACACACACACACACACACACACACACACGCACGCACGCACGCACGCACACACCCACGUGAGAGGCAAGGGGAUUACUCACGUUAAACCAACACCCCAAAGGGAACAGAAUUCUACUACGUCCACGUCGUUGUUCCUGGAUAGCGCUAAAAGUAGGAUGAUCCGAAUGUUUUUAAACAUGCAUAACUACAGAGAUUUGAGUGAAAAGUGUUUUGGAAAGCUCUCGAGAUAAGCUACAAGAAUAUGUAAUGAGAAAUAGUAGGUUCUAUUUAAGAAAUUGAAUAUGACCUUCAUGUGACCAUCAAGUAACUCUUCAAGAUCAAACCAAUGAUACCAUCUUAUGUCCCCCUCGAAGCCAUACAACUUUUGUCUGAAACAUUUUUCUCUAAAAUGUUCUAUUUCCGAAAUAAAAGGGCUGUACGGGUGGUCUGAAUCACCCUGUAUAUGUAAAAUCCAAGUUUUGGAAGAAAUUCGCGUUAGAACUUCGCCUAAUAGUGUACAUAAGAUUGUGCUAUUGUUGUUCCCACAACUGAUGCGUUUUAACAGUUAUUAUUUUCCUGGUUUUUCACAAAAGUUGCACAUUAGUGAUGAUAAUAUAUGUCAUUAAGUACGAAAACAACACAUCAAAUUCAAAACAGAAUACAUAACAACAAACUUUAGCA